AUGCGAAUUGAAGGUGUUACUAAUACAGACAAAAAUGUUUUUUUAAUAGAUUUUAUUAAUACUGUUACUAGUAACUUGACAAAAUCACGCAAUCAUUUUCGAUACAAUGACAAAAUCAAGGAGUUUGCUUUAUCGUUAUAUAUUUUAGGUGGAGAAUUAACGUAUGAAUUUAUUCGAUUAAAUAUACCCGGCUCUUUACCAAGUUUAACAAUAUUGUCUACAUUAAUUUUAAAUUCAAAUUUAAAAAUUAGUGAAGCAGAAUCUCGGUUCGAUCAGUUUCAAAAGCAUUUUAAGAAUCUGAAUCUUCAAUAUGCAUUUGGUUCUGAGGAUGUCACUGAUGUUAUUAAAAAAAAAUAUGAUUCAAUAACAAAUAAAUUUAUUGGAUUUCCUACGCCAUUUGAUCAUGGGGUACCAAUUAAAGAAUAUUAUCAUGCUGAUUCAUUGGAUACGUUGAAGUUAUGGUUCAAUUCAAUUGAUAAAGCAUCAUUAUUAAAUGUACAUAUGAUUCAACCAGUACAAUCAACAACUCACAACACAAUUCCAAGUCCUUUUUUACUAUCAGCAUAUUGUAUUGAUAAUACGGCUACAGCGAAUGAUAUAUUACAAAGAUGGUGGUAUAUAUUCAAUCAGUAUUGA